GGAUGUGUCUCUACUACUAAGGCGGAAGGGGGCUACAAGCAGUGGAUAAUGUCAGAUGCCCAGCUCUCCCCGUCUACCUAAAGCUCCUCUCUGGCUGCACCAGGGUUAGUCUCUCUAAGAAAUAGCAGGAACUGUGGCAGCGGCGAAAGGAAGCGGCUGAGACGCGUGGAACCUGAAAAAGUCUGGGUGCUCGGGUUUACCUCAUAGCGAGGUCCCAGCCAGCCGUCAGCACCAUGGACAGCAGCACCGUCCCCACCAACGCCAGCAAUUGCACUGAUCCCUAUACGCACUCUUCAAGUUGCUCCCCAGCACCUAGCCCCGGUUCCUGGGUCAACUUCUCCCACCUAGAUGGCAACCUGUCCGACCCAUGCGGUCCGAACCGCACCGAGCUGGGCGGGAGCGACAGCUCGUGCCCUCCGACCGGCAGUCCUUCCAUGAUCACAGCCAUCACCAUCAUGGCCCUCUACUCCAUCGUGUGCGUGGUGGGUCUCUUCGGAAACUUCCUGGUCAUGUAUGUGAUUGUCAGAUACACCAAAAUGAAGACUGCCACCAACAUCUACAUUUUCAACCUUGCUCUAGCAGACGCCUUAGCAACCAGUACCCUGCCCUUCCAGAGUGUCAAUUACCUAAUGGGUACAUGGCCGUUUGGAACCAUCCUCUGCAAGAUCGUGAUCUCCAUAGAUUACUAUAAUAUGUUCACCAGCAUCUUUACCCUCUGCACCAUGAGUGUCGAUCGUUACAUCGCAGUCUGCCAUCCCGUCAAAGCCCUGGAUUUCCGUACUCCCCGCAAUGCCAAAAUUGUCAAUGUCUGCAACUGGAUCCUCUCUUCAGCCAUUGGUUUGCCUGUAAUGUUCAUGGCAACAACAAAGUACAGGCAUGGUUCCAUAGAUUGUACCCUCACAUUCUCUCACCCAGCCUGGUACUGGGAAAACCUGCUGAAAAUUUGUGUUUUCAUCUUUGCCUUCGUCAUGCCUGUCCUCAUCAUUACAGUGUGUUAUGGACUGAUGAUCUUACGCCUCAAGAGUGUCCGUAUGCUCUCUGGCUCCAAAGAAAAGGACAGGAAUCUGCGAAGAAUCACCAGAAUGGUGCUGGUGGUUGUGGCUGUGUUCAUUGUUUGCUGGACUCCCAUUCACAUUUAUGUCAUCAUUAAAGCCUUGAUCACAAUCCCGGAAACUACAUUCCAGACCGUUUCCUGGCACUUCUGCAUUGCCCUAGGUUACACAAACAGCUGCCUAAAUCCUGUCCUUUACGCAUUUCUGGAUGAAAACUUCAAACGAUGCUUCAGAGAGUUCUGUAUCCCAACUUCCUCCACCCUUGAGCAGCAAAACUCCACUCGAGUCCGUCAGAACACUAGAGACCACCCUUCCACGGCCAAUACAGUGGAUAGGACUAACCAUCAGCUAGAAAAUCUGGAAGCAGAAACUGCUCCAUUGCCCUAAGUGGGUCUCAUGCCAUUCAGACCCUCACUGAGCUUAGAAGCCACCAUCUAUGUGGAAGCAGUUUGCUGCAAGAACCUGUGGGAGGCUCUAGUUUCCUAGGAAAGUACCUGCUUCUGAGUCAUCAAAACUCGAUCCUCUGUGGCCAAUCCUCUCUGCACAUGUGAAGGAUAUCUCCACUAAGUCAAGUGCUGGGAAGGAAAGGUCUAUACCACACUAACGAGUCCAGCUGGUGUACAUAAUCAUGAGAAAGAUGCCCAAUGGGACCAAAACACACUGUGGUAUGUGAAUCGGGGUCAUCAUAGAAGAUGGCCCUUCUGUGUGUAAUAUUUUGUUUUCAAGCAAAUAUUUAUGACCUCAUCAAAAAAAAUCAAUUGUUAAAUUCAGCAUGGUGACAUGUAAAGUAAGUGCUACCUCUGAUCAAAGGACCUUGUGUGGAAAGCC